AUGGUCAGUUCUGCAGUGGCCCAGGAGGCUGUUAACCAAGUCUUCUCAAGAAUCAAGGAGGGUUAUCUGGACAACUCAGAUGCAAAGGAGAACAUAGAGAGGAUGGAGAUGGCACACAUCAAGCUGGAGGCCGCCCUUGAGACCUCCAACAAGUGGAACGUCACCAGUGCGCCACUGCUGCGUUGGCGGAGCAAGCUCAAGCGCGCCUCGCAGGAGUGCGACCACACUCUGCGCAGGUGUAAGCAGCGCUUGCAAGAAGAGGAUGAAGUACAGCAAGCAGUAAGGAGCUCCUCCUUUCCGAAGAGGAUUGCUCAUACUGCCAUGACAUUCGUUUCGUCAAUCUUUAGUGGCGGUGACGAUGAUGAGCUGAGAGGAUCCACUGCUGCCCGGCGAUUCGAACGGUUUGCAGAAGGUGCAAGCGAAUUCUUGAGGUACAUGGAGCUUGGUGGCACACCAUGCAGAUACAUGUUUUUUGACCCGUUGGUGCGCCAUCUUCUCGCUAGCAAAGGAACAAAGUAUUGCUUUGUUACCAAGGGUCAACAUCUCUCAUUUCUUCUACAGCCCAUUAGUACACCAGAGCAUGGGAUGGAGGGUAACCUAAUAUUCUUAUUUGAAGAUGCCAAUGCUCCAGAAAACAAUUUCCUUCUUGCCCUACACUUACGGAUCUCUGAGAGUACAGAUAUAGUUGGGGAUGUAGUUAGAUGCCUGCACCUGUUCAUACCUCACUUAAGCUCAACAGCCGAGGCUGUGAAGACAAAGCUCACCAAGCUGGGCGCCAUUAUAAUACCAAAGGCAGUAGAUUGCCUUAGUAGGGAUGUGGCAACUACCUCAUAUCAGAUUCUAUGGAAAUCUAGGCAUGGCGGCGCAUACCUUCAGGUUGGGAAGACCUCAUGGAGAGGAACCACUCAGAAAGACCGAGGUAGAAAACAACCUAAACGAUGCCCGAGCAAGAAGGUGCAAGGAUGGGCAAGUGUGAACAAUGAGUUCAUGUGCUCGUGGAUUAGACAUGCGCCUGUCCAGUUACAGGACUCAGUGGUGGACUGGAUUCAGAAAGAAAGGCGACUGCCGCUUCCGUUAUUAUUGAAAACUAAUUCUUGCUUCCAUGAUUGUCCGAUCAUGUUGUUUUCGUUCCAGGAUCACAGAUCUUUGGUAAGGACAAUCAAGUCAUCCAACACAUCCAAUGGCUGA